AAGUAGUGGUCUCGAAAACAAAGAACACUUCGUCCAUUGCUGGGUUCUUUCUAGAAUUUAUGGUUAUAUUUUCCUUUACUAUACAAUAUUAUUGCAUGUACACAUGCAAUGUAUUAUGACGCCUUUUCUGAUUUACCGAUGCUCUGUUCAAUUUUUUUUUAACCAGUGAUUAACGUGACGUUUGUAAAAUGGUUUAAUGCCGUUUUUAUUUAUUUGUACUGUUUAAUGAACUACAGUGUUAGUUCCGUAAACUAGUUAAAGUGGAUAUGAUAUUACUAAUGUGAAGAAUUAGGUUUUAUUUUCGUCUUACGAAAAGGGAAGUGACUCUAUAUCCCAUAAACCUUUGCGUUGGGGGUAGUCUCCUCCCCUCAGCUGUGAAGCCAAGUAAACAAACUGGGGGAGGAGUAGUAACAAGCAGCAGGGACUUUGCAGGCUCUGGGCUUUCGGGGGAAUUUUUAUAUCGUUUAUAUCAGUUUUAUACAAUUUAUAGUAUUCUGUUUCCUAAGAAUUUGUAAUACUUUGCUAUCCUGAUCUUCAUUACAUUGAAUUUUUAAGACAGCUUUGGCUGAACGAGUUAGCUCUAAGCUGGCUAACGUCUGCUAAGACAUACUUCGGUAUUUCGGUAGCAAGUGACAGUCAGUUAACAAGCUGUACGAAAAAUAGCUAGAUAAAGGACUAAAGUUACCUCUGAAGCAAUACUGUAUGAAAAACUAUUGUUGACAUUUUAAUCGGAGAGUUUGAACAGCAAUAUUUCUAUAAAACAUUGCCAGCAACCUAGCUACAUCCAGGAUGACGGCAGUGCAGCUUAUUAAUAUCCAGAGGUUAUUGGAAGCUGCGGAAUAUCUUGAAAGGAGGGAGCGAGAAUGUGAACACGGGUAUGCUUCGACGUUUCCAUCAGUUCAAAACACGAACUAUCAGAGACAAAGGAAAUUUCGAAAUAAAAAGUUUAACAACAAUAACAACAACAACCACAACAGGUCCACACACAACGAGCUGGAGAAGAACAGGCGAGCUCACCUCCGGCUGUGUCUGGAGCGAUUGAAGGCACUUAUACCCCUGGGACCCGACUGCAAUCGGCACACCACGCUGGGACUGCUCAACAAAGCCAAAUCGCACAUUAAGAAACUUGAAGAAGCGGACCGGAAGAGCCAGCACCAGCUGGAGCACUUGGAGCGAGAACAGCGCCACCUACAGCGCCAGCUGGACCAGCUGCGAAUGUCCGGUACGGGAGAUGGAGAGAGGAUACGAACGGAUAGCGUAGACUCCACCCUGUGCUCCGACCGCUCCGACUCGGACCAAGAGGAGAUCGAGGUGGACGUGGAAAGCACCGAGUUCUCCCAUGGAGAGCUGGACAGCGUGAGCACGGCCAGCACCAGCGACCUGGACGACCACAGUAGCCUGCAGAGCACGGCGAGCGACGAGGGCUACUCCAGCUGCAGCGUCAAACUGGCCUUCUCCUCCUAGAGCCUCCCUCCUCCCGCUCCCCCCGGGGGGCCUCGGAGCCACGCCCAACCACACCUGCCCGCCCGCGCGCGGGGCGACCAGAACACCACCCGACCGCAGGCCCGACGCCGUCGCGGCUCUAGCAGCACAAACCCAUCCUUAGAUUCCGCAACCUUCCGCUUGCUCCACGUUCGUUUCUUAGCAGCACCGGGGGGGAAGGAGAGGAAGGGGCAGAGGAGGGGAGGAGGGGGAGGGGGAGGGGCAAUACCAGGAGAUUGUAAAAGCAAGAGCUGGCGCUGGGGGGCGGGGGGGUAUAAAACGGUAAAUAUGAUUGAUGUAGUGGCUCUCGUUCCGAAAAAGGUUUGUUUUGAAGGACUCGAAUCGUUCACCGUCUCUCGGCGUAGAUGUUUGGUUUCAAAAGCAGCUCGUUUUUAUGCCGAACUUAUUUAAAGAAUAUUUAUAUUUUAAACGGAAAUUACACUUCAGACAAAUCUGUGAAGAACAAACCUUCAUUUUCAUAAGGAAAUGAAGCACUUUUUGAAGAUUUAAUUUAGCUGGGAGUUUCUAAUGGGGUUUUUCUUUCCUUUUUGAUUUUUAUUUUUCUCUCUCUCUGUCUGCGUCCGUCUGUACUUGGGUUCUGAUCUGGUCAGCCGCGUUUACUCCAGUUCUGCUGAAAAAGGAACAAAUUGAAAUAUUGGACACGUAACCUGUGGGAACACAAUUCCACUUUGCCAUAUCAACAUUGUUUUUUUUUGUUUGUUUUUUUUGGCCCUUGAGCAUAUAUUUGUUUUUCUUAAUCACAGCUCAACACCACAACUUUGAGUCUGAAAUUGGUGCUACAUGAAACACACCCAACAGUGCAGACUGAACUGACUCAUAUAGCAGUCAGUACUGCUAUACAAAACGAGGAAAAGGCAUAUCCCAUUAACAUGGGUAUUUGGUGCAUUGUAAUUGUGGAAUCGGAUUUUUGAUUUCUGCAAGCAGCUAUACCGUUAACUAUUCUGAACUUCCCUACAUUAUAGCAGACCUUUGCACCGGCAUGGUAAAUCUUUCUUCUGUGUCCCUCCUAGCAGUAAGUCAGAAGCAAUAACACUCAUAGUCAUUUGUCUUGACAAUUUUGGCUCAUUUCUUUUCUGUGGCACACAUCUGUGGCCGUCCAAAAGCAUAGCAGACUUGCUUGUUUUGUAUAUACUUGCAAUAGUUCGAUAAAUUAAGAUAAAGGAAAAAUUUUUAAAAAGGAGAAAAAAAACGGUAGUACCCAUGGAUAGAAAUAUCGCCUCUGUUGCUGUUUGUCUUGUGUUUUGUGCAUUUUAAAUUAUAUUUUUUUGAAAAAGAAAAAAAAAAUGUAUUCUCUUCAGAGUGGCAGUCUUUGUGGCAUGGACAGUGUUACUUGGUUCAUUUUGCUGGCUGAAAAGUUCAAAAGUUUCCAUUCCGUAGUUGCCGUAAAAGGAAACGUUACGCUUUAGUUCAAGACACAAUGGAGAACUAUAUUGGUCAUCGGACCCUACAGAAAAAAAAGAAUAAAUUUUUAAAAAAUUAAUAAAAUUAAAAAAAAAAAAAAAAAAAAAAAUGGAGGACUUCUGUUGAUAAAUGCUAAGUUUGAGUGGCUCUCUUAUUUAUUAGAUUGUUUUCAGAGCUGAAAAGCAUUCCACUAGUAUCGCAAGGCUGAGGCUGAGGCUGAGGUGACCGGGUCUUGUCGCUGAUAACCUUUAAGCUCCCCUCGACUUGAGGUUUCCCCAAAUUGCACUUCCAAGGUCUAGCUUUCCUUCGUCUGUUUUUGUUUAUUUUAAAGAGACUAUCCAGUGUAUUCUUUUAUGAAAGAUACUAUUAACAAAUGGAUUGGGUUACCUUUUUGUCGUUAAAAAGAAAGAAAAAAAAAGUAUUUAUUUGAAUUCUCAUCCCUUUCACAGACUGACAAGGAAAAUGAGGCAUACUUUUUCCUCUGUUGGUUUUAGUCUUACUUUAUGCUUAAAUUGCAUUCUUUAUUUUCAAAAUUGGUUAAAGUAUUUGAGGAAAGAAAUGAUUGUGCAGCCAUUUUUUUCUUGUUAUGAUGGACACAUGAAAUGUAAUCUUCCCGUGCGUAUACCUAUUGCCAGAGAACUAAAGCAUGCUGUUUUCUGUAUCCUCCCAAACCAGGUGCAGUUGGGCAUCUGGUGGUAACGUGCGUACAAUAAAGGACUCCCUGUUAAUACUUAAACCUGGCUAAUGUGCAGGGUACAGCCCUCUAACAUUGUCAGUUGGCCUUGUGAAGGGUGUGGAAAUGGACUGAAAAUAAGAGGGCAGUAGUCAUGUACUAGAUACAGCAGAGGUCUGAAAAAUAAGUGUUUUUAACAAGGCUAUUUUUGGCCAGUUUAUGAAAAUGGGUUACAAUAUUUUCUGGACCAUUUUUUUUUUUUUUAAGUAAAAAAAAAUAAAAAUAAAAUCAGACCCAAUUACAAAUUAACCCUGAUUAAUGCCCUCUUCCAAGGUCCUUUUUUCGACAAAUCACCAAACCGUGUCUUACAGCACACCACCAGAGUCCACUCCUGCAAGGGUCGAUUACGUUUUUUUUGUUGCUCCACGUCCAUGUUUUGGUAUUUUGUAUGUUUUCUUUCUUUUUCUCUUUUUUUUUUUUUCUUUCUCUCGUAUAAGUGCACUAUGAAAAGAUCCACAUUUAAGAAGCAGUGUUUCCAAUUCCACAUGGAUGUGUUCGGUCUGUGUCCUGGGGCCCAUCGUGCCGUGCGAUUGCGGAGGACCGGCGACGUUAUUACUUCGUGUAGAUAUUGGUUUUAAAAGACACUGGCAAGGGAGAAUGGGUCGACGAAUAAAGCUUUUCCACCCGA